CCUGACCGUAAACUGUGCCUGUCACUGCACCGGUGACAAAAUGGAUUAUUGCUCUUUAUCGACAAUAUGUGCAUUUAUAUAUUUUCUUGCUUCCAUACCUCAUGCACACAGUGAUUAUGUUGAGCACUGUACCAUUUCAUCUUCUGAUUGUUCUUCAGACCAAAGCCGCCAAGUUCUUCAGCAGUGGCCACACCAACAACUGGGCAGUUCUGGUCUGCACAUCUAGAUUUUGGUUUAAUUACCGACAUGUGGCGAACACACUGUCAGUAUACAGGAGCGUAAAGAGACUGGGCAUUCCAGACAGUCACAUAGUGCUGAUGCUAGCCGACGAUAUGGCCUGUAACUAUAGAAACCCCAAACCAGCCACUGUGUUCAGCCAUAAAAACAUGGAGCUUAAUGUGUAUGGAGAUGAUGUGGAGGUGGAUUACCGAGGUUAUGAGGUCACAGUAGAGAAUUUCCUGCGGGUCCUGACAGGACGGCUUCCCCCCAGCACCCCUCGAUCCAAACGGCUGCUGUCAGACGAUCGCAGCAACAUUCUCAUCUACCUGACGGGUCAUGGUGGGAAUGGCUUCCUCAAGUUCCAGGAUUCAGAGGAGAUCAGCAACAUGGAGCUGGCUGAUGCCUUUGAGCAGAUGUGGCAGAAGAGGAGGUACAACGAGUUGCUGUUCAUUAUAGACACAUGCCAGGGGGCCUCCAUGUAUGAGAGGUUUUACUCACCCAACCUCAUGGCCCUGGCCAGCAGCCAAGUGGGGGAGGACUCCCUCUCACAUCAGCCAGACUUGGCUAUAGGAGUCCACCUGAUGGACAAGUACACCUUCUACUUACUAGAAUUCCUGGAGGGAGUCCAUCCAGCUAGUCAAGCCAACAUGAAUGAUCUGUUUAAGGUAUGCCCACAGAGUCAGUGUGUGUCGACCCCGGGCCACCGUACUGACCUGUUCCAGAGAGAUCCGGGGAGCGUCCUCAUCACGGACUUCUUUGGGAGUGUCCGGAAAGUGGAAAUCACCAAGGAAACCAUCAAUCUGACAUCCCUUAUUGAUCAGCCAAUAGAGCGGUCUGUUAGUGGCGCUCUACAGAUCAAUUCAUUGACAUAUGUGGACCAGCUACCAGUGGCUGAAAUAAUUAAUCAGAAACCCAAGCAGAAAGACUGGCACCCUCCCGAUGGCUUCAUUCUGGGGCUCUGGACCCUUAUACUGCUUGUGUUUUUCCAGACCUACGGGAUCAAACACCUCAAACACAUCUUCUGAUGGAGUCGACCCUCCCAGCACCAGAGGGGUCAAAGAACUGACCACUACAUCAGAGGCCUCCAUAUAGUCUCUCUCAUAAAAGAGCUCACUCUAGCUUUGUUCAUGACCGAUUUGUUCACGAAUAGCUUUUUAUUCAUCUGACUGAUGCAGGUUUGUUUUCUUUGGGUUUAGCUUUGUGUCAUGUUUUGAAAGUGCACCAUGCACUGACUACUUUGAAACGGUUUUUGUUGUUCAAAGAACUGUUGUGAAAUCCAUUUGAAUCUCACACGGAGACUUUCUUUUAAAAGUAAGACACACACACAGCUUGCAGGGAAGAGCUUUACUUUUUGUUUGUUUAUUUGUUGGGGGGUCCUUUAAUUUCUAGUUACAGUUUCGUUAGCCCAGGGCAGAGUGAAUUUCUAUUAUUUUCUGUUAUUUUCUAACAUUUCCAAUGUGGAAUUGCUAUGUAAUGGAAAGUUGAACUGAGGACAUUCACUCCUAUAUUUCUUAAUUUUGUUCACAGUGGGGUGAAAUAGAGCUGUUGAGGUUUUAGCUUUAAAACCAGAAGAGAAUAAAAUUUGAGCCAUGGUUUCCCUCUGAAAUUUCCAAUGGGCUUUAAGAAUAGCAGCUUUCAAUUUGAGUAAAACAAGGUAUAAAAACCAUUACUUGGACACUUUCACGUUUUGCAUUUCAACAUAAAUUACACACAGUCAUACCUCAAAAAUGACCUUUUGAAGAUGCCGUAUUUUAAAAACGCUUUAAAGGUUUUUAAAUGUU